AUGGCUAUCUCCUUGGAGAAGAAUGGCGAUGGCCAGCCCCGGUUUCCAGGCUGCUCUAAUAUUCGUGACUAUGAGUUUGUUGGCAAGCUCGGAGAAGGAACAUUCGGUGAGGUCUACAAAGCAAGGUCUAAGAAAGACACCGCAAUUGUGGCAUUGAAGAAGAUUCUUAUGCAUCACGAGAAGGAAGGCUUCCCUAUUACCGCCAUCCGAGAGAUCAAGCUCAUGAAAGCACUUUCACACCCAAAUAUACUGCAGCUCAAAGAAAUGGCAAUCGAGCGAGGCAAAGGCGAAGGCCGGAAAAAGCCAAGCAUGUAUAUGGUCUUCCCAUACAUGGAGCAUGACCUGUCAGGACUCCUGGAAAAUCCAGCAGUCCAGUUCAGUGAACCGCAAAUCAAAUGCUACUUGAUGCAACUCCUCGAGGGACUCAAGUAUCUGCACGCUCAACGCAUUUUGCAUCGUGAUAUGAAAGCCGCAAACUUGCUAAUCAGCAAUGGAGGUCUCCUUCAAAUAGCUGAUUUUGGUCUUGCCCGCCCCUACGACGAUGCACCUCCACUACCUGGAAAGGGAGGAGGAGAAUCCAAGAGAGAAUACACUGCUCUUGUCGUCACAAGAUGGUACCGCCCGCCAGAGCUGCUGCUGCAACUUCGAAAAUACACUACGGCUAUUGACCUUUGGGGAGUUGGCUGUGUGUUUGGCGAGAUGUUCAAGGGAAAGCCCAUUCUCACCGGAAAUAGCGAUCUCAACCAAGCGCAACUGAUAUUCAGUCUCGUGGGCACUCCCACCGAAGAAAACAUGCCUGGGUGGAGUCAGCUCCCGGGCUGCGAGGGCGUGAAGAACUUCGGAUAUAAACGCGGCAACCUCCAUGAAUUCUUUAGAGAAUUGAGCCCAACAGCUGUCUCGCUGCUAGGAGAGCUCCUCCGCCUUGACUGGAAGAAACGUAUCAACGCCAUGGAUGCACUAAAGCAUCCAUACUUUACUACUCCUCCUCUCCCCGCACGACCGGGCGAAAUUCCACAAUUCUCAGACUCUCACGAACUUGAUCGCAAAAAGUUCCGCAGCCAGCGAGCCCCAGUGCCUCCUGUUCCUCCAGGUAUUCUCGACAUGGGCCCCGCGGAGGUAGACCGAAUGUACCAGGAAAUCAUGGAAGCCAAGGACAUCUCCCACGACGAGGUCCUUUCCCGCAAUCACAAUCAAGAGACACCGGGCUUCCCCCGCGGCCUCCGGUGCCCUCAAACCCGCCGUGGGAUGCGGCACAAGCCAACAGACCUGAUGGGAGAGAUGAUCGACGAAACCAAUUCGGCCAAGGCCGCCCAGCAGGUAGGCCAAACAACCUGGACUCAUAUGUCCCAAACUAUAAUGAUCGCAAUGAUCGCCCUCGAGAUUCUGGCGAACAUGGCUCUUCAAAUCCCGAUUGGCGUGCAUCGGGUCGACGCGAUUACCGACGUGAACCGGCAAGGAGGAGAAGUCGAAGCCCUAAUUUUAGAGAUGGGAGUCGAGGAUGAAUCCAAGCAGCCCAAUGCAUUGGAGAGCAUUCAAUUCUACGUAGCUAGUAAGAGCUUGUGA